AUGCGGCCGGGCCCGCCGCGUGUUGGGCAGCCACUCGGCGGCGCAGCCGAUGGGAUAAAUAUGCCGUGGCCUUGCGGCGGGAGCCCCCUGUGGCGCGGCCGGAGACGCAUGCAGGCCGGCGGCGCAUGA